AUGCCCACGACCGAAACCUGUGGGACACCCACUGAAGCGAACGAACGCUUAGGAGGUGUUCCCAUCGUCCACUACAAAAAUGCACUCUCCCGCGGACGCGGUCAACUCCUUCGUCUAUUCUUCGAAGACGCAGGCGUCGCAUACAUCGAUGUCCGAUAUUCUGCAUCCGAGUGGCCUGAAGCUAAGAAGAACCAUCCUAUUAUAUCGAGAAACCCUACAGGAAAUAUACCGGUGGUGGAGCUGAAUGGGAAGAUAUUGACACAGAGUUACGCGAUAGUGAGGUAUUUUGGGAGAGUGCUUGGUGGUUACGACGGUAAAAGCGAGGAAGAGCGAUACUGGGCGGAUGCGAUCUGCGAUAUCAUCAUUGACUGUAAGUAA